AUGGCGGAACAAAUGCCGGUUUGCGUGCACAUCUCUGAAGAAUGCCCCAUAGAGCACACUGUUUACAGUUACCGUCCGAGUCUCUGGGUCAACACACUGCUGGCAUCACUCUUCACCAUCGCCUUUCUCUCCAACAUCUGGCUCGGUAUUCGAUACCGCAUCCGUGCCUAUAGCAUCGUCCUUACUUUGGGUUGUUUGGCUCAAAUGAUAGGCUAUGGCGCAAGGAUCGGAAUGUACUUCCUACCCUUCAACGCCAUCCCCUUCCAAGCGCAGGUCUGCUGCCUCAUCAUUGGCCCAGCUUUCAACAGCGCGGCUGUGUAUCUCAUGCUCAAGCACAUUGUUGCACUGUUCGGAUCCGAGUGGUCCCUGCUCAAGCCGAAGCUGUACACGAUCAUCUUCAUCGGCGCUGAUAUCGUGUCAUUGGUCCUGCAGGCUGCAGGUGGUGGGAUCGCUGCGACUACGGCUAUUGGCGAUGAUGAUAUGCUGAAUCUCGGAAACAACAUUAUGAUGGCUGGUAUCGCCUUUCAGGUGGUUACCCUGACUGUGUUCGCAUCACUGGCCACAGCAUUCUGCAUUAGGCGUGUGCGAGCUGUCAAGUCUUACCCCUUGCGUGGUAACGCGCUUCAAGCCUGGCAGGCCGUACCAUUUCGUUGGCUUGUGUGUGGUCUGCUUACAGCAUUUUUGACGAUAUAUAUUCGUUGCGUCUAUCGGAUUGCUGAAAUGCGCGGAGGCUGGGGCAACGCAAUGAUGAAGGAACAAGUUCCUUUCAUGAUUCUAGAAGGACUUAUGAUUAUGAUCGCGACAUUCUCUCAAACUAUUCUACAUCCUGGGCCUUUAUUCCCUGCUCUUACGAACCUCGAGUGCCAGCAUGUCGACUCAUACACCGAACUGCCUGUCGUACCCAAGUACACAGUAUAA